AGUUUAGGUGGAGGUAAUCAUGAUGGAUGAACAAGCCGUGACCGGUGAGCAGGUUCGGGCAUGACAAUGAGUCAGUGUAACUACACACAAGUGGUGGCAGCGAAACAACGGGUUUGCUGGCUUGUUUUGUUGGCGCUAUACAUAUUGACGUGACUAUCAACGGUGCUCAAGUAAAAAGCAUUCCCGCAGGAAGUGACGUCGUCUUGAAUUGUUCAGUACCACGUGACGAUGCUGUGGACAGAUUUGAUUGGUUGAAAGRUMACCAAUCAGUGUCAGAUCACGUGGUCACUACGUCAUUCCAGGGCGGUGUUUGGUGGUCCAGCUUGGUACUUCAGAAUGUGUCUCCUGUCAAUACAACUGCAAUGUAUACUUGUCGUACAUGGAAAAACAACUCAACCAAAUCGACUCUUCAACGUCACGUCUGUGUUGAUGAAUUAGUACUGCAAGUAGAGCCGAGAGGAUUGAAGUUGGAUGCUGGAGACAGUUCUGUGAUAACAUGCACAGUUCAAGCAAGUUGUGGGGUACCAUCACUCCUGUGGCUCAAGUGGCCUGGGAACAUCAUCACCGACAAGCAUAGGAUUGUGAACACGUCCAAGACGGAGUUGAAGCUUAAACUGUCUGAAGUGAAUUUAAAAGAUCGUGGACUGUACUACUGCAGGGCGAUCAAUUCAGCUGGACGUGAAGUUAAAACACAAAUGUUCUUACUCAUAGUGAAAGAAGUAAAGACUCUACGCUCACCUUUGGUGACGUCACCACAUCAACACGUGGAUGGUUACCAUGGUAGCGACGUGACACUUUCCUUCUCCACUCAGUACACCCCGAGGCCCUUGUCUAAUGGUGAAUGGUACUAUGACGGGAAAGUCUUACACGAUAGCCCUAAGUACACUAUACAUAAUCGUGGGUUCUUCCCAGGAACAGACCGGGGGCUUUUCUCGAUGACAAUACACGACCUGAAUGAAGAYGAUUCAGGGAACUAUACUUUAAAAGUAACAACAUCAAUAAAACCUUUCGCUGUUGGUCACGUUCAACUGACAGUCCAUGGACGAGAUCCAAAUGAUACGCACGGGAUGGUACCAAAUGUCCCUACAGUCAAAGCUAAGGAAAUUGAAAUUUYGUGCGAAAUGGAAUACCCUAACAGCGAGAAACAACCACCGAGACUUUACUGGGCGUUAAAUGGCGAGAAGUUGACUCCACAGUCAAAGUACGAAACACGUUCCUUACAAGAGCACAAAGGUCACUACACGUUGAUUACGAUGGUUGUCACCAUAUUCAACUACAGUCAAAGUGAUUGUCGUUGGUAUACCUGUGGUAUGAAUACGUCACAAGGCGUCAAGGAGAAGCUUGUAGCUCCAUGUCCAAUGAACCAAACUGAGUCACAAGACCAUGCAUGGUUGUCCCUUUUAUUAUCAAUCUCCUUCAUUUGCACGGCUGGGGUCGCCAUUGGUUGUUUGGUAUUGAAAAAAUACAGGAAGAAGACCAUCUAUAGAAUGCCUAUAGGAAACGAAAUCAACGAAGAGAUACUCCAGUGGGACUUGUUUAUCUCGUACAACGGCAAGGAUUUCGAAUGGGUCAAAGAGCAGUUACUGCCAUUGUUAGAGGAGAACAAGAUUUCUUACUCGAUCCACAGUAAAGACUUCGAGGUCGGUAAAACAAUAGUGGAUAAUAUGGCGAAUAGUGUAUACAACUGCAAGCAAGUCGUUGCUGUUUUAUCCGAGAAUUACAUGAAGAGCAGGUUCUGCCGUGCAGAGCUAGAUAUGGCUGUAUGCAGACACUUCGCAAUGGAUAAGUCGUGUUUGACCGUCAUCACAGUUGAUGAGCUUCCCAUAAAAAAUUUGCCUAUAAAACCCGGGAAAAAGGUUCAUGCAGAAUGUGUUAAAGAAGACGACAACGAAUGGGGGAAAAGACUAAUUAAACACUUGCUUCCUUUGGUUAGAAAAACGAACAGUUCAGUCAAAACUUAACCAGUCCUUACAUCCCAGACAAAACUCGAAAAAAAACAAACAAACACAAGAGAAUUAAUCGGCUACACCUCGUGUUCCUAAGCCGCUUGCUUCUCUCUACAUACAAACUUGGCAUGCAUACAUACAUACAUACAUACACAUUUUAUUUAAUGUACUGAGGUUAAGGGUUCAGGCGAUAGUAUGCACCAGCACUAAGACUAAAUACAUAAUUACAUUAUAUUAAUAAGAUCUAAUAUGGAUAAAAUAUAUACUAAAUAUAUGAGCUACCGUAAUACAGUACAGAAUUCAUUAACAUAUGUUUUACAAAUAUAAAGUUAUUUCACCGAAAACCGAGCUAGAAAGCUGAGGAUCAUGUUUCAUAUCAAACGAGUAUAUAUAUUUUUUGAAACAAACUGCAGCUUGAGGAGGCUCAGAAGAGGUGAGACUGUAAUUUGAGUAAGAGAUGUGCAAGUCCAUCAACAGUUAUCAAGCGRUUGAAACAAGUAUAAUUUAUCUAUCCAUAAUCCUUGUCGGUCUCAGCUUUGUAGUUUUUCAGGUG